AGUUCAUAUUCCAAAAACCUACAAGGAUAUUUCAGCUGAAUACUUUCUUUUCCCUAUGAUUUGGGUUGAAUAUUUUUAAAUUUCUUCAUCUGCAAGUAAGUUAAAUUUACUCCCAACUGUGUAAGAAGAUAAACAUGUCUCACCACUUUACGGAUAGGAAAUACAGAUUAAACUCGGCCACUAGGAGAGAACAGGAAGACUUUCCUGAUGUGACGUUCAUCCAAUAUUAAUGACGCAAGAGAUGGCAUUAGGAAGCGAGGGGAAAAAUUGUAAGGAUUCUGGUAGUUAACCCCGUAAAAUCCUGCGGAAGCGGAUAUCG